UAACACAGGUCAAAAACCUUCAAAGAGCUUUUACAUGAAUGACUAAACAAAUAUACAAGGCAAGUCCACUGGAGGAACUCGUAAGUAAAAAGAUCUCUUUAUUUAAAUGACUGCGAAAAAAAUAAUGUAACUUAGGCUGUUGCAAUAUACUUUUAAAUGAACUGCAAAUCCUUCGUGUUACACCAAGAUGGUAAUUACAGAGGCCUGUUUCGCUAUAGAUUAUAGCUGCAAAAAAAAUCAAUGGCUACCUUGCAGCCGCUGAAGAAACAUAAGAAAAUGGCAUUGCUCGUUGGUUUAACGCUUCAACAGCAUAGGAAAAUGAAUGGAACCACUGCUCUUCAAAAAAACCUAGGCCACGGUCAAACUAACUUUAACGAGAAAGUGAGAUCUCUUUGUAAACAGGGACAACUAAAAGAAGCUAUAAACAUAUUGCAAAUUAUGAACCAGCGAGUAGAACCUUCUACAUAUUCGUGCCUUCUGCAAAGCUGUAUCAAGAAAAAAGCACUUUCAGAGGGAAAACUAAUCCAUGCGUAUUUGAAUAGAAGAGGACUUACGUCAGAAACGUUUCUGUUUAAUACGCUUAUCACCAUGUAUGGCAAGUGUGGAAGCUUAUCGGAUGCUCGUGAAGUGUUUGAUGAAAUGCCUGAACGAAAUGUGAUUUCAUGGACUGCCAUGAUUUCGGCCUAUGCUAGCAGUGAGCAAGCUGAAACGGCACUAGGGUUGUUUUCCCAAAUGCAGUGGACAAACGUUCAACCCAAUCACUUUACCCUCUCCGCCAUUCUUUCUGCAAUUGGUAGGGUGGCAUCUCUGGAGCAGGGACUGGAAGUCCAAGCACAAGCAGUUAGAAGAGGACUGCAGUCAGAUUUAUUUGUUGGGAAUGCCCUUGUAGAUAUGUAUGUAAAAUGUGGAAGCAUGGAGGAUGCACUCCAUGUGUUUGACACAAUGCCGCAACAGGAUGUCGUGUCAUGGACAAGUAUUAUUGCAGGGUGUGAGCAGAAUGGGUUCAUUGAAGAAGCCCUAGAGAUGUUCCGUCAAAUGCAGCAAUUGGGAGUGAUGCCGAACUUGAAAACCUUCACAAGUGCUCUCUCAGCCUGCGCCAGCUUGUCAGCUCUGGAACAAGGUGUUGAAAUCCAUAAUCAGUUAAAUAGAAGUGGAUUAAAGCAUGAUAUCUUGGUGGAAAACGCUCUUGUAGAUAUGUACGCAAAAUGUGGAAAGAUAGAGAAGGCGCGUGAUUUGUUUGAUAAAAUGCCGCAGCGGACUGGCAUAUCAUGGACAGCCAUGAUUGCAGGAUAUAUGAUAAAUGGUCAGGUUGAAGAAGCCGUAAAGGUCUUUGAGGAAAUGCCAGAGAAGAUUACAGCACCUUGGACGGCAAUGAUUGCAGGAUAUGCACAUAAUGGACAUUGUAAAGAAGCCGUGGAGCGUUACCAACAAAUGGAACUUGCUGGUGUAAAGCCGGAAUUGAAGACAUUUGUCAGUGUUCUACCAGCGUGUGGCAAGUUGGCUGCUCUGGAACAGGGUAAGAGGAUACACAAGGAAAUUGUUAGAAGGCAAUUAGAGUCCCAUCCUACCGUUUCAAAUGCUCUUAUGGACAUGUAUGCUAAAUGUGGAAGCAUUAAAGAAGCACGCUAUAUUUUUGACAAAAUGCAACAUAAAGAUGGUGUGUCCUGGACAUCUAUAAUUGGAGGAUAUGGGAUGAAUGGCUGUGCGAAGGAGGCCCUCAAUCUCUUUGAAGAGAUGCAACAUUCUAGCACAAACCCAUGCCUUGUCACUUUUCUUUGUGUUUUACAUGCAUGUUGUCACGCCGGCCUAGUGACUGAAGGAAAAAAAUAUUUUGAUUGCAUGACUCAAAAUUAUAACCUUACACCAGCUAUGGAGCAUUAUGGCUGCAUGGUUGACCUUCUUGGCCGUGCGGGGAAUCUUGAUGAGGCAGAAGACUUUAUCAACAAAAUGCCAUUAAAGGCCGAUGCUAAAGUGCUGGGUUCUUUGCUUGCUGCCUGUAGAGUUCAUAAAAAUGUAGAUUUGGGAGAGCGUGUUGCAAAUCACCUUUUUGAAUUGAAUCCCCAAAAUGAUUUCCCUUAUGUCUUGCUAUCAAACAUUUAUGCAUCUGUUGGAAACUGGGAAGGCAUUGAAAAAGUGCGGAAAAUGAUGAAAGAGAAAAAGGUGAAAAAAACUCCUGGAUGCAGCUGGAUUGAGGUCAAUAGAAAAAUUCACACUUUCCUGGUAGGAGAUAGGUCGCAUCCUGAAACAGAGAAAAUAUAUGAGACGUUAGAGAUAUUAUCCAUGCAAAUGAAGGCAUUAGGAUAUGUUCCCGACCUAAGCUUUGUCUUGAGUGAUAUUGAGGAAGAGCAAAAAGAACUAAUUCUUAGCCACCAUAGUGAGAAACUGGCAAUUGCAUUUGGGUUUAUGAAUACACACCCUGGUACAAUUAUCCGAGUAACCAAAAACCUUCGCAUAUGUGGAGAUUGUCACACUGCUGGUAAGUUCAUCUCCAAGAUAAUAUCUAGGGAAAUAAUUCUGAGGGAUAACAAUCGCUACCAUCAUUUCAAGGAUGGAAAGUGUUCUUGUGGAGAUUUUUGGUGAGUCUAAGUCAAAUAAGUUAUGAAGAUUUGUUUAGAAUAGGAUCUUGAUAACUUUCCAGGGAUUUCCCUCCUUUCCCUUGAUGAUAAUAGCGCAAGCAGAGCUGCAGACAUGAUUGUGUUUCCUCUUCCAACUAAGCAAAAUAGAUCUGAAAAAGGCUCAGCUGAAUGAAGCGAAACUUUUGGAAGAUCAAUGUUGAGCAAAUGAAGAGACCAUUGAACUAAUGGAUAGUGUUCACCUUGCUGCAGAAAAACCCUAAGAUGUAGAAGUUGAAUUCCAACCCCAUAAGGCAGAGUCAUAUGAAAGCUGAGAAAGCUUGUCUUUUGUAAGAGCAACUGGUUAUGUGCAGCAAGCUUACAUGAAACAAGCUUGUAGAGAAAUCCAUGAAAUAGAAGCAGUUGCUCAACUAGGGGUUCGAGUUUCCUCCCAAAGCUGAAAGAUGUUUUUUAUCCUGUGACGUUGUAUAUGCAUGAAUAAAGUGGGGAACAAAAAUGAAUACAAUUCUUGAUAACAAGCUAACUCUGUAGCCACCCUUUCAAUUUACACAUUAUAGAAAUCUGUGACUGCAGUGUGAGCUUUGAACUCUCAAAUGGACUAUGAAUGAUUAAAGUAUCCAGCCUGUGGUGAUUGUGCCCUUGACUUUUAGUGCUUUCUUCAUGUAAUUGGUAAUGCAUUGUGAACAAUGGAGGUGCAUAUCCUGCAGGUUUGAUACUUGUCAAGCCAUAUGGGUUGAGAAUACAUAUUUUUGUGUAACAAAAUCCCACCACAGGGAUUUGCCACAUGUAAAUCUCACGAUAAAAAAAAUUGGUGGCUGUCUCCCCCUCUUCAUCAUUUGCAUUAAAAAGAGACAGUUCUCAUAUGAUUGCUGAAGGAAAGAUGCCUCUGAAAAUGGCACAUGAGAGCAUUUUUGUUGAGUGUACAGGGAACGACAUAAUUUUAUAUGAAAAGAUUGGAGUGAGAAGUCUUUGUGGAGCUCGAUCCUAGCCUCUAUUUGGAGGAGGGGUUGUGAAUCAUUUAAGCUUCUAAGAGAUCUCAUCUACCAUUUGAACAACAUUCACCGGUUGAUGAUAUAUAAACCCUAUUUUGAAGUUUGUUUUCCCUUUCCACGUGCAGCCGUGAUACCUGCUUCUGAAAAUCAUGAGACCUUAUGCCCAGGGAUCUACAAAUUUCUCAUAAGAAGGCACUGAACCUGCUCACCCGACAUCCAUACACAUCUAACUCUCCCACUUGAGAUCCAUCCAGUCUAGGCCAUCAGGCCAGCCUUGCAUGGAUAGCAGUAAACAAACUACUAGUAGUUCCCUUUAUCAUUUGUACUGGUUAUUGUUGCUUAUGUUAUUCAAUUGCAUUUUUAAGACCAUUUGUUGUUGUAUUUUUGUCUGAAAAUAAAUCAGAUCAGGAACUUUACGUGGACAAAUUACUUACUAUAAACAAGAAGCUUUUCAACA